GAUGACCAAGAGAAGAUUGUGAAGGAUGGACAGAUGAAGGAAGAUGACCAAGAGAAGAUAGUGGAGGAUGGACAGAUGAUUGAUGAUGACCAAGAGAAGAUUGUGAAGGCUGGACAGAUGAUUGACGAUGACCAAGAGAAGAUUGUGAAGGAUGGACAGAUGAAGGACGAUGACCAAGAGAAGAUUGUGAAGGAUGGACAGAUGAUGGAUGAUGACCAAGAGAAGAUUGUGAAGGAUGGACAGAUGAAGGACGAUGACCAAGAGAAGAUUGUGAAGGAUGGACAGAUGAUGGAUGAUGACCAAAAGAAGAUUGUGAAGGAUGGACAGAUGAAGGACGAUGACCAAGAGAUGUUGGUGGAGGAUGGAGAGUUAGCAGAUGAUGAACUAGAGAGGAGGUCAGAUUAUGAACUAGAAAGGAGGUCAGAUUAUGAACUAGAAAGAAUAUCAAAUGAUGAACUAGAAAGGAGAUCAGAUGAUGAACUAGAGAGCAUAACACUUACAGAUGGUCAUGAUGGAAACAUGAGUUUCAGGUAUGAUGGAAACAUGGUCAUGCUGAAGGAAAACAGAGAAGCCUUUAGUGCUGUUAAAGAAAAGCCGGAUCUGGAGCAAGUAAUGGAUUCUUGCAGCGAGGACAGCAACUGCUCGCUGAUUUGGCCCAUAUUGAGUGUUAAUCUGAGAAAGACCAGAAUCUUAAAGAGAUGGCAAACCAAUGACUCACAUAAAGACAGUGAUAGUAGUGUUCAUGACUAUGAUUCUGACAGCAGAGACCCUUCUUAUAAGCCACAGAAGCCUGAUAGACUUGAUGAUGGUGAGACAGAUGCAAGUGACCACAAUGAUUCCAGUGCAUUGACCAUCACCAAGAAAAGAAAGGUGUCUGCAGAUCAAGAUGAAUCAGAUCCUGAAAUAGACAUGGCUUGUCCUAAAACAGAUUGUGUUAGUGCUGUUUCAAAAAAGGCUGAUGGAGGCAGAAAAUAUGAUAAAAGGCAGGCAUGUUUCUACUGUGGUGGGCUUUUUGCAAAGAUUUCUUCACAUCUUCAGAACAUACACCAAGAUGAAGCUGCUGUAUGUGCAAUUCUCGCAAAAUCAAAGCAUGGUGACGAAAGAAAAAAAAUGUGGCAGGAACUAAGAAACAAGGGUAAUUUCCAUCACAAUAUCAAAAUUCUGACUGGGUCAUGUGUCGGAAACAUAAUUGUUGACAGACGACCGGCUAAGGAAAAAGGAAAUGAUUGUUUUCUCCCAUGCCCAGCAUGCUUGGCCUUCAUCUUAAAAGACGACUUAUGGCGGCAUUCCAAGACCUGCCGAUUCGUUCAUGGUCAGAAAGACGAAAAAUCUAUCAAAAAAGAGGCAACACUGUUACUUCAUGGCUCGACUUCAUCAUCAGAGAACGAAGAAAGUAAAAGAUUUCACCAGGAAGUAUUGGAAGGCAUGAAAAAAGACAAAGUUUUUGACAUGAUUAUACAAGACAAGCUGUUGGUUCUCCUGGGCUCCAAAUUGCUAAUAAAGAAUGGCCGUGAAAGAGCAGGAAAUGUGAGACAAAAAAUACGAGAAAUGGGACGUCUACUUCAGGUAUUACCAAAAACAGUAGAGCAACGUUCAAUGAGUGACUUCCUAACUCCUGAAAAAUUUGAUGCUGUUGUAUGUGGUGUGAAAAAACUCUGUGUCCUUGAAGGAGAAACCAUGCGGGGAUGUGACAAGUUGCAGAGACCUGCACUGGCCCUUAAAGUUGGACAUACUUUGAAGAAGUUAGCCCAAAUCAAAGUAGGUCAGGCUUUGCGCGAUCAAAACGAAAAAGAAAGGAAAGAUGCCGAGUCAUAUCUGAUUCUGCAUAAUGACGAAUGGUGUGAACGUAUCAGUAGUCAUGCCCAUAACACACUCUCAGAAAGGAAAUUCAACAACCCCGAUAUAUUACCGCUCACUGAAGACAUUGUAUGUCUGAGAAAAUAUCUUCUAAAUGAGAUGGAAAAAGUAAGAAAAGAAUUAGACAAACAACCUUGCAGUAAUACAAGUAUGUGGAGACACCUCGCACAACUUACUCUGUGCAGGGUUUGUGUCUUCAACAGGCGUAGAGGGGGUGAAGUAGGAGAGAUGUUGCUUGCAUCAUACAUGGAACGGAAUACAGAGCAGGGAUCCAAAGAAUUGAUAUCAUGUUUGGAACCAAUUGAAAAGAAACUGAUGGAAAGAUUGCAGCUUGUAGAUAUCUUGGGGAAAAGAAAAAGGAAAGUUCCUGUUAUUCUUACUGAAGACAUGAUAAAAGGUCUUGACUGCUUAAACAAACACCGGGCUGGAGUUGUAGUACCUACAAACAAGUAUUUGUUUGCAGCUCCAACAACAGCAAAUGGUCAUUUGAAAGGAUGGGAUGCUCUCAAUGUCGUAUCUGAGAAAGCUGGCCUUAUGAAACCUCGUUUGAUGAGGACAACAAAUCUGAGAAAAUAUGUGGCAACAGUUUCUCAGAUUGUUGACAUGGGAUCAAAUCAGGAGCUAGAAUGGCUAGCAUCGCAUAUGGGACAUAGCCUCUCUGUGCACCGGGAAUAUUACCGACUUCAGGAAAAGACACUGGAGCUGGCAAAGGUCAGCAAGUUACUGAUGGUGGUUGAUAAGGGACUAACUCACAAGUAUGCUGGCCGCAGACUGGAUGAAAUUACUCUGGAUGAAAUUGAAGACGUUCCAGAGGAGGAGCCUAACCAGCAGGACUCGGAAAUUGAAGAUGUUCCAGAAGUGGAGCCUAACCAGCAGGACUCAGAAAUUGAGAAUGUUCAAGUGGAGCCUAACCAGCAGGACUCGGAAAUUGAAGAUGUUCCAGAUCCAGAGGAGGAGCCUAACCAGCAGGACUCAGAGCCUUCACUGGAAAAAGAAAGAAAGAAAAAAACCAGGGUGCCCUGGACCAAAGCUGACACUGAAAUCCUUAAGCGCAUAUUUCAUCCAUGUAUUACAUCAAAUAAGCCUCCAACAAAAAAUGAUGUUUUAUUAGGGACAAGGAAAAACACCUAUGUGAAAACAAUGUUCGAAAAAAGAGGCUGGAAGUGUAUUAAGUAUUAUGUUUGGAGCCUGACACAGCAGCAUCAGAAAAAAAAGAUGAAGCUUUUGCAAGCAUCUUCUUUGCGGAACUAAAUCUAUGUUAUGUUCGUCAAGAAAUGUUUUGAUUCCAAUAAUGAAGAGUGUGCCGUUUUUGGUGUUUUACUUUACUUUUAUUUACUUGUGACGACGAAAUGACUCGGUUGAAUUAAUUCCAUUUCUUGGAAGAACCUAGGAUAGAAUUAUCUACGUACAUUUGUUUUGCAUCCAAUGAUGUACUGUAUAUGUACUUAUAUCGGCAAAUGUUAAUUGGUGCUCUGAAUGAGUUAGACAUUUAGUACAUACAAUUUUCUCCUCACAAAAUUUAAAUAAUUUUCUUGCGAUUCCCUUUGAACAUUUAGCUUCAAUCCUUAUGUCUCCAUCACCGUCAGUCUUUGCCUUUGUGGCAAAAUCCUCAAUGUUUAUUCUAAGGCUUCUUCUGUUUCUCAAUAAUAAUUCCAUUCACUCUCCAAAAUAACUCAUCUUAAUUUGAUCCAGGGAAAUACCUGUGUUUGACAUUUAAGUGGCAAUGCAAGAUAUACAAGCGAAUGUUUGUUACCACUAUUUUUCAUUAAAAAAGAUAAAAUUAGGACCUGUUUCAUUUGUAUGGAUGAUUUUAAAUAUAUAUAAUCAAUGUCAUCAAGGUCAUAUAUUGGAAUAAGAAAUCCUGACCUUUUACAUAGUACUAUGGAAGUAUUAGAGAACUCUCAAUGAUAACAAAUCUCAGAUAUAGUGCAGAGGAAAAUGUGAAAUGUUACAUUGUAUGUGUUUAUUUAAUGCAAUAUUGCAUUCAAUAUUAGUAUGAUGCCAUGUUAUUUUCAACUUACUACAUUUCAUGUUUAAGCCUAAGGCUAUUUGGGUAUUUAUACCCUUCGAUGCAAAAUAAUGCAAUGUUUGAUAUCUUUUGAAGACUGAGAGAUUUGUUUUUUUGAAUUUCAGUUAUUGUUUAAUUUGGUUUUGAAGAUAAAAAAUGUUCACUGUUGAUUUGAUUGUGAUCUUUACAGCUAGUGCUAGCUAUCUAGUUGUUAUUAUUUGUUUUCGUGUGAAUAAAUCCAUUGUAUCAAU